UAUAAAUUAUAGUUUAUUUUAUUCUUACCAUUAUUUGUUAUAUAUUACUGAAACCUAUUCAGUAUAAUAUGUACUUAAUCUAAUAACUCUGUAUAGCGAAAAAUAAAGAAAUGGAAAAAUUAAUAGUGAUAUUGCUUUCGUUUAUGCUGCAGGCUACACAUAUAUCUGGGGCCGUUGAUUGUACUCCACCAUGGAUGGCUGAAAGUAAUCCAUUUUACGGAAAGAUUUUAUCAAAGUCAGUCUAUAGAUGUCCAUCACUUUUCGGAGACUCAAAUAAGGAAUACUGUUGUUACAAUUCGGAUGGAGACGUUGAAUGUUGCAAUUAUCAAGAGUAUUUCCUUUUUAGAUUAUAUUGCCUUCUUCCAAUUAUUUUAAUAGCGUUGAUCAUUAUAUCAUUCGUCUGCAGUAUAUGUUGUUUUAUGUGCCCAUUUUGCAUGAUUUACAAACGCAGACAAAUUAGAAGAUAGGUACUAAUAGUAGUUGAUGACAACCAAGACACAUCUUAUCACCUCAAAUCUCAAUAUUAAUAAAAAAUAAAUGUAUAAUUUAUAUUUCAUUAAGAAGAAAUAAAACAAUAUUCUUAUUA